AGCUUGAAAAGUGCUCCGACGGGAAACAGAGGGUUUAGACGGUGGCAGAUUAAACACUGAGCCGACACACUCAACAGAUUCCUCGGUUCUCUCGUGUGUCACUUCAUCUAGGGUGUUUACAUCCCCGCAGUCUCGCUGCCUGAGGAACACCGGAUGUACGGGCGCUGUUGUUAUCUUGAGCAGUCGCACGUGUAGCUCGCUCCGGGCACCAGUGUUGUGUGUCUGUGUCGCUUUGGGGAGCUAGCGACCAGCAGCGUCGACCCUUCCUGCAACACUUCCCACCAGUGGCGAGCAGCGGUGCAGAAGAGGAUGAAGCAGACAGCCUCGUCCCGCUUCCACUGAUCGAGUCCGCCUGUCUCCAGUGUGUCGGAGGUUACUCUCGACAAAAUGAACUUCCUGCGUAAUCGUCUCGUUGUUCUGGGACUGGUGCUGUUGGCCACGUUACUGCUGUACCUGCUGCUGCCGUCCAUUCGCCAGGGCAGCAUGGAGCCGUCUCUGGAAGCCCAAAGAAUGGGGCUGAUGGCCACCUCUCCUCCUCCCGUUCCAACCAUCAACGUGUCCGUUCGCACCGGCCAGCUGCCCGGGGACCCUCCGCUGUUCUUCAGAGAGGCUUUGCCUGUCGAUAGCGCUGGACGACAGAUAUUACCGAGGCUGCAAGUCGUCCUCCUGCACGGCCAGGCCUUCACUUCCAAAACCUGGGAGGAGCUCGGCACAAUGGCUCUGCUGGCAACGCAUGGAUAUCAGGCCCUGGCGAUGGACCUGCCAGGAUAUGGAAAAUCCCCGGACUCAGAGGCUCUGAAGACUGACCAGAGUCGAGUGGACCUUCUUUCAAGGUUCAUGGAGUCGUUGGGUGUCAGGGCGGCUGUGCUUUUGAGCCCCUCCAUGAGUGGACGUUACUCCAUUCCCUUCUUCAUGAAGAACAGCGCUCAGCUACAUGGCUUCAUCCCCAUAUCCCCAGUUGGCACUCGAAGUUACACUCCGCAGCAGUACCAAAGUAUUGAGACUCCCACUCUGAUCGUGUUUGGAGCCCUGGACACAAAUCUGGGGGCCCAGUCCCACAAGAACCUCAUACAACUUCCAAAUCACUUUGUGCUCAAGCUAGAAGGAGCUCGUCAUGCCUGCUACAUGGACAAACCCAGAGAAUUUCACCAGGGAUUGAUCGAAUUCCUCAGCAAACUGAAACGAGAGGAACCACAGAGGAAGAUGGGGUAGAAAGAUGGAAACAAAAGGGAAAAUUAGAAAGAGGAACACUAAUGGGUGGUUUAAUGUGGUACAAGUUUUGCUAAAAAUGACUUAAAAACGAGCAUCAUUGUCAUAUUAUCAUCAACUGAAGACAUUUAGCAUGGGCAUAGGUUUUUCAUACUUGGAAUUUGGCAUGUAAAAUCAUGUAGUGAACACUAACAGUCCAACAUUUUCAUUAUGAAACUAUUUGUUUUUCAGUUUUCCAUAGAGUGUCAACCAAGACAUUUGAUGAGUUCAGCCCAACUUGUUUUAAAAAUGCCAUCAGACUUGUAUAGUUGGUUGUAUAGUGAGUUUUUAGUUUCAUGUGUUUCAUGUGUCUCUUUGCAUGUAAAAACAUGGAAUGUGUUUGCUUCAGUUACCAUUUUUGUAGGUGACAUGUAGGUUAUUGUAAAUAUGCAAAGAGGCAUGUAAUAUAUUUGCAAUAAGUCUGGACAAUCAUGCAGAAAACAAACCUGAAGUAAUAGCUUAAAAUAAAAACAAAAAAAAUGUG